UAAGUGUGUAUGAUUUAUUUGAAUCUCAUAAAUUACUUAUAUUUUUAAUAUUUAAUUUAUUUCUGUUUGAUAUUACCGUUUACUGUCAACAAAGUUCCGUCCAAAUUCAAAAGAUCGAAGCGGAUCCACCAAAUCCAAAUGUUGGUGAAGGUUUAAAAGUGAGAUGUUUCUUGAUUAAUGUUGAUCCAUUCUCUCUUUAUCGUGUACAAUUACUCUGGAGUAUAAAACGAAAUGGAUUGGAUCGUGAUUUUCGUAUUUUGGCGUAUGGUGGAUCUGUUCGCGAUACGUUAAGUGGUCGUGUUAGUGCUAGAAAAGAAUCAGAAGAAGUUUAUGAAAUCGUUUUUCGUCCCAUUCAAGAAAGUGAUACUGGUGUAGUUCGUUGUGAAUUAGCGAAUACCGAAGCUCAAGUGAAAGCUGAUCGAACAAUCAAUGUUCACGUUCCACCAUCGAUAAUAUCAAUCACAAGUGAUUUGCAAGUGACAGCUGGCGAUGAAGUAACAUUAAAUUGUGCUGCAAGUGGUAAUCCGAUGCCAUUAAUUAUGUGGGUACGAGAUGGUCAAGAAUAUCCGACAUCGUACAGUUCUGUCUAUAAAAUUGAUCAAGUGAGUAAAGAAGAUCGUGGCCUCUAUAAAUGUGUUGCACAACAGCAAACAGAGCAAAAGCAAUCAGCUGAAGCGGUUGUGAAUAUAUUUGUUGAUUUUGCUCCUACUGUGACAUGUGAACAAGAGAUUAUUAUACAAGUACCAAAUAUAAAUGCGGAUGCUGAAAUAACUUGUAUAGCCGAAGCUUAUCCAAUGAAUGUAUUGAAAUGGGAAUUUUCACAAGGUAACACAAAUGUUCGAAAAGCAAUAGCAAUCGGUGAACACUAUAGAAUCGAUACAAAUGUAGCUGCGGAUUCUAUUGAUAGUCGAUAUUCAAGUCGUCUGACGGUUAAAGGUGUAACACAAGCAGAUUUUGGAAAAUACACAUUAAUUGUCAUGGAUGAAAGUAAACGACAAGCGUAUUACAUGUAUCUCUUAUUCUGCAUAAAAUCUUGA